CCGAGAUCUACAACGCUGUAUGUUAGGUUUUUUUUUCCUGACUUGUCUGAAAAACCAUGACAUGCCUACCCGACACGCCACUCACAUUUGCAUCCAAAGGUAUACCCCAUCGCUACAUCCAAGACCCAACCCAACAAACAACAACACUAUGCUGGAAAUGCGGUGGAACGGGUCAAAAACCCAGCAAACCCAACCAAAAAACCACACCUCUUGAUUGCUCGCCUUGUCAAGGAACAGGAACCAUAUCCCCCGUACCCCGCACGACAUGUAAACCUACUAUACGGCCAUUUAGACCGCCACCUGGUUGGACUCCGCGUGGACCACGAACGUUUGGAGACCCACAUGACCCACUCUGGGCUCCCCGUCCCGGUGACAUGCUCACAUCCCUCUCUGGUCAUUGGAUGAUUUACCAACUUGUCCAUGGACACCGGUACACGACUGAUGAUGUCCUUACAGCCGCUAUCGCCGUAACGCAUAUGAAAGGCACGCAUGUGGAUACGUAUGUGGAUCUUGGGACGGGGUUGGGAUCCGUUUUGGGCAUGGUGGCGUGGAGUUUGGGUGUACCCAAAGCGAUUGGGAUAGAAGCACAAGGCAUUCAUGUGGAACUUGCGCGGAAAACAAUAUUAUUUAACGGGUGCAAGAAUGUUGAGAUUGUGCAUGGGGAUUUACGUAGUACCGAGAUCCAUAUAGAUCCUGCCAUGUUGGUUACGGGUACACCACCAUAUUUUCCUUCGAAUCGAGGUGCACUGCCUACGCAUCCCAAUCGCGGGAUGUGUGCAUUUGAGUUGCGGGGGGGUGUUGAGACGUAUUGUUUUGCGGCGGCACGGUACCUCAAACGUUCCGACAAGGCUCGAUUCGUGUUUUGUCAGACGGGGUUAGAAAUACCGAGAUCAGAAUUGGCAAUCAAGCACGUUGGAAUGCAAAUCCACGAACGAUGGGACAUUUGGGGCCGCGCAACACAAACUCAAGCCCUCAUCUGCAUCUUUUGUUGUGGAUGGGGGGAAUGGGUAGAUAACUACCGAGUUCUUCGAUUGGAUGUACGGGAUAGAGAAGGGAAUGUAUCGAAAGAUAUGCGGGUGUUGAUGGAUGUGGUUGGUAAGGCGGUCCUUGUAUAAUCUUAUGAGCAUAGAGUUUUUUGUUGGGUGGGCGAGUAGUAAGAUUGGUUUGUCAAGCGUGUUUUGGAAUGUGGGUGUGUGAGUGGUAUAUGGGAACGGGCAGGUCCUUGUAUAGUUGUGUUUUUUGUUAUAUAUUUUUAGUGUAGAGGUGACAGAAACUGGCACUAGCUACUACACCAGGGAAUAAACCAGCGACAACUGGCUCGGAAAAGCUAAGCUACUACUAGGCAAUUAUAC